AUGGGAUGUCGGCAAAGUUCAGAGGAGAAAGAGGCAGCGCGGCGGUCCCGAAGGAUUGACCGCCACCUGCGCUCUGAGAGUCAGCGGCAGCGGCGGGAAAUCAAGCUCCUCCUCCUGGGCACCAGCAACUCCGGCAAAAGUACCAUUGUCAAACAAAUGAAAAUCAUUCACAGCGGCGGCUUUAAUUUGGAAGCUUGCAAGGAAUACAAGCCCUUGAUUAUCUACAAUGCCAUCGACUCUCUCACCCGCAUCAUCCGCGCCCUGGCAUCCCUGAAAAUCGAGUUCCACAACCCCGACCGCGCCUACGAUGCCGUGCAGCUCUUUGCUUUGACAGGCCCUGCGGAGAGCAAAGGGGAGAUCACGCCGGAGCUGCUGGGGGUCAUGAAGAGGCUCUGGGCCGACCCCGGGGUGCAAGAGUGCUUCCGCCGGUCCAACGAGUACCACCUGGAGGACAACGCUGCCUACUACCUGAACGACCUGGAAAGGAUCGCUGCCUUGGACUACAUCCCCACCGUGGAGGACAUUUUGCGCUCCCGGGACAUGACGACGGGGAUUGUGGAGAACAAGUUUACCUUCAAAGAGCUGACUUUCAAAAUGGUGGACGUGGGUGGGCAGAGAUCCGAGCGCAAAAAGUGGAUCCAUUGUUUUGAGGGGGUUACAGCAAUAAUUUUCUGCGUGGAGCUGAGUGGAUAUGACUUGAAGCUGUAUGAAGAUAACCAAACG